GUCGUAUAGAAUGGGGUUGUUUAAUAGAGUGUUUGGGAGUUCGGAGGAAAGUAAGAGUCGAGAAAUUCAAGCAAAAGGCUUUGAAAUAUCGAGCUGUUCUGAUCAAUGUGAUGACUGUAUUGGCAAAUUCCCAAAAUCAAUUAAAGUUGAAGAAGAAGCCAAUCUCUGGAACUCAACUAAUCCUUACGGUUUACAUAUAGUGGUUGCCACCGGGAAGACCGACUGGCCCCACGAUGCUACUGGAGUAAGUAAGACCUUAGCACAUUCGGUAGCAAAAUAUGCAUCUAAGUAUGAGACAAAAUUUAAUUUUGGUGUUGAUUCUAGUAAAAUUAAAGUGACUGUUGGAUCUAUUAGUUCAAAACAAUUUGAAUCCAAUGAAGAUUACAUAAAUGGUACUGUAGGAGAUGUUUUAUUAUUGCCAUUUUUCAUUUGGAUAAAGAACUUGAAUAUGAACGAUGUUGAACAAGUUUUAAAUUUGGUGAUUGCAAAUUUAAUUGAUGCAAGAGCACAAUCAAUCAAGCCAAUUUUAAAUUAUCAAGAAUUCCCGAAUAUAAAAAUUGAAAUUGACGAAAAUGAUUCUCAUAUCUUUUUAUGUUCUCAUAAAACUAGGGAUAAAAGAUGCGGUUUAACUGCUCCAAUUAUGAAGAAGGAAAUGGAUAUUUAUUUAAGGGAUUUAGGCAAAUAUAGAGAUUUUGAUGAUGUGAGACCUGGUGGGGUCUCAGUUUCUUUUAUUAAUCAUAUUGGAGGUCAUAAAUAUGCUGCUAAUGUACUUAUAUAUUUAAAAAAUGGUAAAAAUAUUUGGUUAGCAAAUUGUAAACCAAAUAAUGUUAAACCAAUAAUUGAUGAUUUGGCCUGA